AAUUCUUUUCCCGGUACAGCCCAUUUUAGGGUAGAUAAAUUUCCCGCAAACAAAACGAAGUCCUGUGUGGAGUGCAGAGGGAAGAAACGGAAGUGUUCGAGGGAAUAUCCUACCUGCUCUUACUGUUCCCGUCAUCGGAGACUAUGUGUGUACGGGGUGAAUGACACCAGUCCGACAGAAAAACACGCAAGAUUACUAAUGAAUCUUAAAAGCAGCAUGGAUCAAUACACAAACGUACAAAAGAACUCCGAGAAUGUCUUCGAAAACUAUGAUGGACCGACUCCAGAACUUUAUUCAGAACAAACGUCGCAACAAGAACUGCAGAGGGUGAAUGUUAAAAGAGAGAGCGAGGUGUUAGAUGAGCUGCCUUCCGACGGUCUACCAGCGGCCAAGACCCGGAAAUCAGAGUGCCUCAGCUCUCUCAAGAAGCAAACCGCAGAUCUUAAGUCUUUGCGACCGCAAAUUACAGAAUUUGACGAAAGUUUCAUUUUAGAUCCGCAGUAUGAAGCUCGCCCGAGGGCCGAGUCGUAUAACAAGAGGUUGGUUCACCCGGAAAUGAGAGUAGGAUCAGUAUAUACUAAGCUUUUCAAUUCUUCUUUGAACUUAAAUGAGCAAAGCGUGCCACCAGAUUUGGAUCUCCUAGAAUCCUUUAUACCCAAUAAGGCUGAGGCGGAUGUCUUGAUGGAUAGGUACAGGUCCUCAGUUCAUCCUAUCGUUCCAAUACUUGACUUGCAAACGAUAUUCCCACUAUACGAAAGGUUUUGGGGUAACAAAGAGUCGGUAUCAAUUUCAUUUUACAUCAUAAUUUUUACCAUCUUCUAUGCGUCCUCAGUAUCUUUGUUUGAAGAAAGAUGCAUCAGGAUUGAUGAGACGGUGGAUAGAGAAGAACUCAUUAAAAAGAUGAAGUUUUUCGUGGGAGCAACCGAAGCUGCUCUUGUGAUGGACGAUUUUCCCAACAAAAUCUCCCUGGUUGGCUUGCAAGCGUCUACAAUUCUAUACACUAUUGUCAGAAAUGAUUGCAAAACAGACGACUUUGUCUCCAUUUCCACUCUAGUGAGAUAUUCACAACUUCUAGAACUUAAUAGAGACCCACAAAAUUAUCAUCAUCUUGCAAAAUCGAAAGAUGUACAGCUGCGGCGUCUACUAUGGUGGCAAAUCUACUUUUUGGAUUGUACAACAGCUUUGUCCACAAAAUUGUCACCCAUUAUUCAACCUUGUGAGUACGAUACACAAUUACCUAACGAGUUUAGGAAACGCUUCAAUGGUCAAUACAUGUUAGAUCAAGCAAUAGCAUUUGCCAAUGGUAGAUUUCGGUGGGCAGAAUGUACUAAUAAACUGUUGAAAGCAUCUUUCUGUGUCAAACCCCCUUCUGAUCAAAUAAUUGUGCGUUUAACAAGGGAAAUUGAGAAUUUAUCAUUCUGUUGUUCCUCUUUGAUUCAACGAAUGUUAGACCCUUUGAAUAUAAUGCCUUCUGAGGAACAAUUUGUCAAAUUUGCUUCUUCUAUGCUAUCAACACUUGAAGAUCGCUGUUUUAUCUUACUCGACGUAUUAUUCUCAGACCAGAAGCGGGUGAUGCCGGUAGAAGAGGUUUCAUCGGCCGGAGAAUCUUCAACUGAAAGUAAAGCGAUUGAUACGUCAUCUCAGGUCCACUUGUUAAGUGAAUAUCUCAUUUAUGGGUCAAUGCCCAGGAAUGCUAUUUUUGUUUGGGAGGUAAGAAAAUACCAGCCAAUACAAACUCUACUUUCAUUGCUAAAAGGCAUUGUUUUGGAUGCGAUGGACAAGUCUUUCUCUUUAACCUCAUGCAGGAUGAAAAAAAGAAUCGAGAUUAUUGACCAAGUAUUCAUAAAAUUAAACUAUCUAUCAGAGCAUACUACCAAAUUGUGCAAACAACGGUGGAAAAUGCUCAAAGAAUUGAAAGAUAUAACUUGGGAUUCUUUGUUUAGAGGCGAAUCAUGCACUAGUUCCACCUCUUCGGAAACUUCAUUUAUACAAAACGGUAACAUGCCACAUAACAAUAUGAAUCUGCUUAUUGAAAGUGAUUGGGAUAAAAUCUUCAAGGAGAUGGCUGACAUUCAAAGUAUAAUUGAUGAAAACAUUAACUUAAAGGUUUGGGAUAAUGCCUCCGGUCAUUAU